CGGUCACACAGGCGACGCCUGUCACGUGACGGCGCAGGCGCAAGCGCCCUAGCUGUCCCGGAAGUGCCUGGCGCGGCGGCGGCCGGGAGAAGGAAGCGGAGCUGUGGGCGGCCGCGGCGCCGGCGAGGGACCGCGCCGAUGUCGGGCUUCGACACCAACCCGUUCGCCGACCCGGUGGACGUGAACCCCUUCCAGGAUCCCUCGGUGACACAGCUGACACUUGCUAGCCAAGGUGGCUUGGAUGAAUUCAGUCCCUUUUCUGAGAGCUCCCAGCUGACAAAUGCAGCACGGACGACGCCUGCGACACAGCCCUCCGGCCCCUCACAACCGGCUGUUCUGCAGACGUCUGUGGAGCCCACUCCACAGGCUGUGGCUGCAGCAGCACAGGCUGGGCUCCUUCAGCAGCAGGCAGAAUUAGAGAAGAAGGCAGCUGAGCUGGAGAAGAAGGAAAGGGAAUUGCAAAGUAAUGCAGCUGGCAUUAAUCCAAGACAAAACAAUUGGCCGCCUCUUCCCAGAAAGUGUCCGAUCAAGCCGUGUUUUUAUCAGGAUUUCUCUGCAGACAUCCCAGCUGACUACCAGCGAAUAUGCAAGAUGCUAUAUUACUUGUGGAUGUUGCAUUCGUUUACCCUGCUCCUAAACCUGCUUGCUUGCUUGGCAUGGUUCACAGUCCAGACAGAGAGAGGAGUGGACUUUGGUCUCUCCAUCCUGUGGUUUAUUUUAUUCACCCCUUGUGCCUUUCUCUGUUGGUACCGACCAAUUUACAAGGCUUUCAGGUCUGACAGCUCCUUCAGCUUCUUUGUCUUCUUUUUCAUCUUCUUCUGCCAAAUAGCAAUCUACAUCAUCCAGGCUGUUGGCAUUCCAGGCUGGGGAGACAGCGGAUGGAUUGCAGCUCUGUCCGAGCUGCAUGGAAACCUGGCUGUGGCUGUUAUCAUGAUGAUGGUGGCAGGAUUCUUCACGCUGUGCGCAGUCCUCUCACUCUUCCUCCUGAAGCGGGUGCAUUCUCUGUAUCGGCGCACGGGAGCCAGUUUCCAGAGGGCCCAGGAAGAGUUUUCCCAAGGCAUCCUCACCAACAGGGGCUUCCAGAACGCAGCGGCUGGGGCGGCCUCCUCAGCUGCACAGAGUGCUUUCCGGGGAAACUAGCCCUUUGCGUGGGGGUCUCCACCUUGCUUCCUCCUGCAUCGUGACCCCAACCUUCCUUUUCUAAAGAUGCACUUUCUGUGGGUACCACAUUAGCUCUGUGAUGCCGACUCCAGAUGAGAAGAGGUCCUUUUUUUUUUUUUAUUUUAUUUUUUUAAGCUUCAGCUGGUCUACGUUUAUGAUGGUUAGGUUUUCCUUUCAUGUUUUAGGGUAUGGGGAGAUAGGAGACUUUCUCUACGGCAAAUAUAUUUCUCCUUAUCCAGGACACGUUGAGUGUUUGUCUCACUUCCUCUCCUUGCCCUGUUUGCAGCAGAAAGGUGAAGGGAAGCAGGUUUCUGAUUUUUCUUUUCUCUUCUAAUGGCCUUUGCUGUGAAGAAUUUGAUUAUCUGCUGUUUUGGGGGUUUUGUAACUUGCAUGUAGCUAACAUUGUUAAUUUUAAGAGCAGGAGCUGUACUUUCGGUUUAUUCCACUUACAUGAUGCUGCAUUUUUGACCUCUUAACUGCCCAGCUUCUUGAGAGUCUGGGUAGCGUGGCACAAAUGAGAGCGUGGGAGCAAGCAGGGUUAGAGAGGAAGGUGAACUUUCUUGUUGUUCCCAUGUUGUCGAUCUCCUGUCUGCUUCCACAAGGAUCCCACAGAUGAUGGUCCUCCGGAGUCCUGUGACCUUCCCCGGCACUCAUUGCCCCCAGGCGUGCAGAGAGUGGGUCUGUGGGAGUUCAGUCUUCACCACAGCCUUAAACCUGGGGAGGAAGGGAGGGAAACGGGAUUCCCUUUCCUGACCAGCUCUGCUGUUUCGGAGCAGCAGCACUGAAGAAGCCAGCAGCCUUGUGGGGAAGCCUACAGGACCGCGUGUGCCCAUCUCACUUAAAAAGCAGAGGAGUCUGUAGGUGGAGAAAGAAGCCAUGGGAAGCAGAGCCAGCCAAGCUGGUUUGGACAGAAGGUGCUAUUAGACCUUCUCCAAUCUGCUCAGAUCUUUUCCCCAAGCUCAGAACACUAUUUGAUGCCUGUAACAUCCGUCUUGGCUUCCUUUUCCAAUGAGAGCUUGUAAUCCUAAAGUGUGAAUGAAUUUUUCCCCAGGGAUAACUCCUUCCUGCACUCCUCCUCCCCCAUCGUUAGCUGGGAAAGGCAUGGUUUGACAUGUUGCACUUGCAGAGCUGUCUAUGCGAAGCCCAUGGCCGGUGCUGUGGGCAUGUGCUCCAGCAUGUCUGGACCACUGGAAUCGGGCAUGUCCUCUGGAGAUGCUCUCAUCUCGUUUGAGAUGCACAUGGUCUGCAUCAAAUCGGACAUGGGAAGAGAUGGACGGGGGGUGCGGAGUUCAUGUGGCUUUCUUGGGAAGGGAUGAUGUGGACAGAGUCUCCUCCUGAACGGUUCAUAUCUUGCUUUCCAGAGGCUGCUUUGAUAUCAGGUUGGGGGGAAUUUGUUGGCGUGACAGUUCUGCGGGUGGUUUUCUUUUGGUUUUACUUACAAAUUUGAUUUCUGUGGUGCAACUUUGUCUUUUUUCCCCACUACUUUUCAUCGCUUUUCCACCUCCUGUUGGAGGAGGGAUGUUAAAUUUUAUGCCCCUCUUCUUGUUGGGGAAAGUACGUAUAUAUGUGAGGGGGCCGGAGGGAAGGGCUACCUUCCUCCUAACCCAUGCAGCGUCCUAGCGGAAGGAAAAACUACGAGUGCUUGUGUGCACCAAAAAACCCUGCAUCUUCGGAAAGUGAGGUGUCCCAUCCCCAAGCAGAGGGCGACUGCUCACAAACGACGUGGCAAUAAAUCCCAAUUUAGACCUGCGACAGGGAUUCCUCUCCCAAGCUCCGAGUGGAUAGCGAGUUGUCCAAAAGCUGCAGGCUUUGCUGCUUCAGCCCUGAAGUUCCCGGUCGGUCGUAGGGCGUGGGGAGGCAUUACCGAGGCUGUGGGGAAACGGAGGAGUCCAGCUGAGCGGGGGUGCUUUGCCUCUCUGCCCCCACUCUUGGGGCGCGGGGCCGGCCCUGCCAGCCGAUGGUUGCCUGCGGGCAAGGGGCGGUUUCUGUGAAAUUGGUACUCCAAAGCCCCCCCAUUGUCCGUGUUUUUAACCCGAGCAGAGCGGGUGCCCAGCCUGCUUGGCUGGGUCGGGGCCCUGGGGGAAGGAGGAGGAAGAGCGCAGGUGCUCGACCCCCCCCGCCCCCCCCGGCUCUGGUUUCUGCUGUGAAGGCGGUGGGUGGUGGAGAAAUGCCCCCUCGUGUUUUUUUUUGGGGGGGGGGGGGGGUUGGUUUUUUCCCCCUCCCUGGAAUGGAUGCUGAGAGAAACCUGAGAUUUUUAAAAUCCCCUUCCUCCUCCGCCUCUUUCUUUUUUCCCCCCGUCUGAUCUUUUUCAUGUAAAAAUGUAUAUGUCCGGUUAAACUUUUGUGCUCGAAAUAAAAUAACCCUCUGUAA